AUGCCUGAAAGCAACCAAUCAAGUCUCAAUCAAUUGGUUCAUAUUUUAGAACAGACUCGCGGAAUACAUAUACAUGUAAAUGAGACAUCCCAUUCCACACACAAUGCGUUGCAAAACCUGGAGUAUAUCUCAACGAUUCUCCGCACCGAUCAUACGAAGCAACGGGAGGUCGAUGUCCUGACCGAUGUCCUUGGCAUCUGCUACCAGCCAGCCAUGCUUGGGGGCCUAGGAAUAAACCAGCCUGAUUCUCUGACAAUACAACAACAAUCGGAAAUAUUCUUUCUUGUGGAUGCGUGGCUCGAAUCCCUGAAUUCAGCCGACCGAGAAAAAUCAAUGCCUUGCCUUCUAACACACAGGCCCGAAGGUCGCCGAGGGAUGACUGUGAGUGAGAAAAUAUUUGCGAUGCAUGAUUUAAAUCACAUCGGAUGGGUGGCUCCAGGAGAUAUAAUUCGUGUCCACGUUGAUUGGAUACUUGCCUCUGAGGUGUCUUGGGCAGGAAUGGAAACGACCUAUAAUCUGCUAGGAAAACCCGGGGUAUUCCGAAACGAUCGCUUCUGGCUUUCUGGGGACCAUAUUGUUGAUCCCCGGAUUAAUGAAUUACCUCAAGUGCAGGCGCUGAUCGGUGUAAGCGAGAGAGCGAAGAAAACCUUCAAAAUGACGGAAUACCAAGGCAUCAAUUACACUAUUCUCCACACUGAAUUCUACCGAGAGCGCGCGCAACCCGGAAUGCUGGUCGUUGGCUCAGACUCACACACAUGUUCCUCCGGGGCAGUAGGCUGUCUCGCGGUUGGACUCGGCGCUGCGGAUGUCACCUUUCCAUUAGUAACUGGGGAAACAUGGUUCAAAGUCCCUGAAACCAUCAAUAUACGCCUGGUUGGAGAACCGAAGCCAGGGAUUGGGGGCAAAGAUAUCAUUUUAUACAUCCUCCAAGUGCUCAAACGGAAUACUACAGCAUCCGACAGAAUUGUGGAGUUCACAGGUCCAGCACUCAGGCAUUUGUCCCUUGACACCCGCUUCGCAGUUUCAAACAUGACCACAGAACUUGGCGGGAUCACUGGUUUAUUUGUGCCGGAUGAAAUUGCCCACGAUUUCAUUAGUAGACGAAAACUUACGCGUCAUAAAUGCCACACGGCAUAUUUCAGGCCCGAUACCGAUGCGGAGUACGCCGCAGUUCAUGAGAUUGACCUUUCAAAAGUGGAGUCUUUCAUCGCACGUUAUCCAAAGCCGGAUGACGUGGUUCCAGUUACGGAAGAAGAGGGAAUGGAGCUGAAUGGAUGUUUUAUCGGUGCCUGCACUACCACGGAGGAAGAUCUCAUCCUCGGUGCUCUGGUAAUCGAACAAGCAAUGAAAAGGGGAUUAAAGCCUACCGCAAAGGGGAAGAGGAAGGUCGUUCCCGGUUCAAUGCCAAUAUUGUAUCGCUUACGUGAACUGGGGUUAUGUGAUAUAUACGCAGACGCAGGAUUUGAGGUUGGCAUCCCUGGAUGCAGCUAUUGUGUCGGGAUGUCAGCCGACCAGGCCGCGCCAGGAGAGGUAUGGAUUUCCUCGCAGAAUCGCAACUUCGAAAACCGGAUGGGUAAAGGUUCAAUUGGUCAUCUCGCCUCUGCAGCCACUGUCGCAGCAUCCUCCUUUGAAAUGAAGCUAGUUGACCCUAGUGAUCUGAUUGCGUCGAUCGAUUUAAGUCAAUGGGAGCGGCUCAGAACAACACGUAUACACUUGAAUACAACCAACUCGAAGAGCGACCUGGCAUAUGUUGAGCCAUGUGGUUCUCGUGGUUAUCCUAGUGCCACGACCCAGACACAGAAGCACAUAGAGAACAUGCGGCUAGAUAAAGACGGAGAAAGACAAGUCAAAAGUCUUCAAGGCAAAGUGCAGAAACUGGGAGACUUCAUCGACACGGAUGCAUUGGCUCCUGCUGAGUUUCUGAUUGGCAUAAAAAGUAACAUGGACGCUGGCAUGUGCUGCCUGGUGUAUAGAUAUCCAACAUUCCGCGAACGAGCCCAGCAGGGUUUCAACAUUGUUGUUGGUGGUAAGGGCUUUGGUUGCGGAUCAUCCCGCGAACAAGCAGUGAUGGCACUGUUAGGGUGCGGUGUUCAAUGUGUCAUAGCCAAGUCGUUUUCGUUCAUCUUUCAACGCAAUAUGCCAAGUCUCGGGCUCCUGGGUAUCACAAUGGAAGAUGAAUCCUUCUUUCAGCUUGUGAAUGAUGGAGUGUCAAUCUCCAUCGAUUUGAGUUCACGAAUCAUCAAAGUCGCCGACAAGACGUUCGGAUUCAAGCUGAGUCAAAUGGAAAGCGAGAUCUUCCGAUUUGGUGGGAUUGCUUCGGCUUUUGGACUAUUCGGAAACAAGUUGCUUGAGGCAAUAACCCCAGCCAAAUUUCACCCAGGACCUGAAAAGGAGGCAUUGGAACAGCCGGAUAACCGAUUACAAUGGUAA